GUCAGUUUCGUCGGAAACUUCCACCUAACCAGCUGCAAAAUAGCAAAGUUUCCUCCUGAAUGCCCAUUCGCGUUUCGCACAAUAAAUCACUAAAAUGGUAACCAGCAAAUUUUCGUUAAGCAUAUUAUAAGCCAAGAGUGAAAUUCUGAGUGAUUUUUUGCGAUUUUUAUGAAGCAUUUUUAGACUAAUUAUUUUUUUGGUGCAGUGAGUUCGCUAAUUUUAACGGCGAAAUUUACUUGAUAAAAUAAUAAUGUUCAAUGUAACUCAGAAUGGUGCUGACUAUUCCAACAGGACUGUUUGUGGGAAAAACAACGAUACAAUCAGCGGUUGGUGUCCGGAAGUAUUUGACGAUGCAUUAUGUUGGCCACAAACGCCUCCUGGGACAAGGGCGAACCAGUCCUGUCCGAAAUUUGAAUCAUUUAUCACAAAUAAUCUGGCCUAUAAAGACUGUUUAGCUAACGGUUCGUGGUACGUGAACCAGGAAAAUGUAACGUGGUCUGACUACAGGGAUUGCAUCGACUUUGAAUCACUCGAGUUUUAUAACUUUAUCAACUUCUUGUACGUGAUUGGAUAUGCAGUGUCGCUGGCGGCUCUCAUUGUGUCUUUGGGCAUUUUUCUAUUUUUCAGAACUCUCAAAUGCACGAGGAUUCGAAUCCACGUGCAAUUGUUCCUGUCCUUCAUACUGAACAACAUAAUGUGGAUAACGUGGUAUCAAGAAGUGGUAGCACAAGUGGCGACUCCAUUAAGGAAUCCCUACUGGUGCCAGUUUCUUCAUGUAGCAAAAGAGUACUACAUGGUGGCCAACUACAUGUGGAUGUUUUGUGAAGCUCUUCAUCUUCAUCUCGCCUUGGUGGUGGUUUUUGUUCGAGAGGAACGCACAAUGAAAUGGUUCUAUGGAGUCGGAUGGGGCUUUCCUUUCAUCAUUGUGCUGGUGCACAGCCUUAUCAGGAUAUUCUACAAUAAAGACACUGAUUUAUGCUGGCUCCAUGAAAGAGCCUUUGGAGGAUGGUUCAUCAGUAUUCCCAUUGCAGUAACACUAGCACUUUCAAUGAUUUUUCUCAUUAACAUUUUGAGGGUGAUCCUCACAAUCAUGCACCCGAACUCUCCAAAUCCGGCCCCAGUGAGCAUCCGAAGGGCCGUAAGAGCGGCUUUGAUUUUAACUCCCCUUUUCGGGCUCCAAUUCAUUCUGAUCCCUGUACGACCUGACAAUGACCAUCCGAUGUAUUACGUCUAUGUUUAUACCAGCGUUAUUAUCAUUCCUUAUCAGGGUUUAUGUUGUGCUGUUCUGUUCUGUUUUGCCAAUCACGAUGUGCAUCAGGCAAUUAAACGGAGUUUUCAACGAAAUUUGACUCGACAGAGCACCCGAUGGAGCAAUUACCAAACUGGUGAUAGUGCGGCUGGUGUUUUUAUGGUGAAUGGAAGCGGGCAAAAUGGAAACACCGUUCCUUUGCUCUCUAUUCGCAGGAAAUCCACCCAAAGCUCAGUCAAGGUGUAAAAUAUUUGUCCCAGUAGCAGCAACUAGUGAGUUUGGAACGAUUUUCUGAGAUCUGUACAGUAUUUUCCUAGUUUAUAAGUUUCAUCUCAUAUUUAGUGAUAGGAAAAAGUUAGUCAAAGACCAAAGAUAAUGUAUAUUUUGAGAAACCUAAGUAAAUUAUGUAAAAUACAUUUAUACAACUGUAGGAUGUAACUUGUAGGUAGAUGGCAAACAUAACUUUGGGUAAAAACUAGGUGGAACCUUGACUUUUUCAACCAAGCAAAACCGAUUUACUGAGCUAAUUAAUGUGAAAAAUUAUCUCCCCUUCGACCAAUUAAUUCCGCAUGACCAAAGCGCUUCUCUCCAGCUUUUAAAAUGCAAAACAUUCUUUAUGAACUUUGCGUUCUAGCGCUAUCCGUAAUGAAUUUCACACUUUUCCACCACUUCCAAAGUUUCUCUUCUGAUUUUGUCAAGUUGCUUACCAUAAUAGAUUUACCCGUAGGGGAAAACUGAUGCUUAAUGUGCAUUUAGAUUUAAUAUAAGUGUUACUGUAAAAAAGAGACAGGCGUAGAUUGUUACAUAAGUCUGAUUUAAUGUGGUUCCCAUACCCGAUUUUUUUUGUUUAGAACGGUUUUGUUUUUAUAAAUAGACAAUCAACAAAAGACAUUUUUUCAACAACCAAGUAGUUUUGCUCCCUUUGGGGCGUUUUAAAAUGAAUGAAAAAGGUUCAUGAAUCUAAGACUUGCGGUGGUGCAUCGAUUCUGUUGAAGUUUUCACCAAACACUUUAAAAUAGUAUUAGGAGUUUAUAUUUUGAAUCUAACAGACGAUGUGAUUUAGACUUGUCUUAAGAAAUGUGAAAAAUUUCCUGUUUGUCUUCAAGCAAACCCUGGAAUUGAUGUGUUGUAAAUAAAUGAUAUCAAGCAAAUUACCAGAUUG